UGUUGUUCGCUGCCUCUGACUGAAAGCACGGAGCGCCUCCACGAGCUUCCCCACAAACCGCCCACCACACUCCGGGUGAACACGGCUAACGUUCCCGUCGACCAAACUCCGGAUCCCGCCUCGCUCCCCGCCGUGUGCACCAUGUCGUCUAAAAGUCAUCCUCCCCUCAUGAAGAAGCACAGCCAGACGGACCUGAUCAGCCGCCUGAAGAGCCGGAAGAUCCUCGGGGUCGGCGGCGAGGACGAUGACGGGGAAGUGCACCGCUCCAAGAUUAGUCAGAUGCUCGGAAACGAGUUGAAGUUUGCGGUGCGAGAGCCGAUCGGGUUGAGGGUUUGGAUUCUCAUCUCCGCUGUGGGUUUCACACUAAUGGCCAUAACGGCUCUGGUGUUUCCCAACCAACUCUACGAGCUUGUUUUCGAGGAGGAGCUUUCCACAACGAGCAUCUCUGUUCGCCUUUAUGGAGCAGCGCUGCUCAGCCUCGCCCUCAUUAUGUGGAACGGGCUCUACACGGCAGAAAAGGUCAUCAUCCAGUGGACUCUGCUCAGUGAAGCCUGCUACUUUGCUGUCCAGUUUCUAGUGACGUGCGUCACCCUGAUAGAGAUCGGCAUCCUGCCCAACGCCGCCAUGCUGCUGCUCCUCAGUCGAGUCCUCUUCUUCGUGGUCACCGUCGCGUACUACUACCACCUGGGCCGCAAGCCCAAGAAGAUCUGAGCCGACGGCGGCGCUUCGGCGAGGGGCGUUUCAGCACAAAUCACAGCUGGGGGUCAGGGGGUCCAACUGCUUUGUAAGUAAAAGGCCUCACACCCCCUUUCUGUGGGACCCGGCCUACUACAAACCCCACCAAAGUGACAUUUAACAGACGAGCAGAGCGUCACAUCGCCACCGACACAACGGGAACCAGAAACCUCAGCGCGACACUGAGCGGCUGGGCUUCACACACAUUCCUCCUCUGCGUAGUUUUGAGUGCUGGACGCUGCAUCUGUGUGAAACUUUAAAGUGUACAGGACAGACGGCUACAAACCACCUGUCGGUGUUUCUCCACAGCUAUAUGAUGUCCAGGUGAAGUGUUCAGUGUUUUUCCUUUCAGCUAACUACCGUUUCCUUUAUCACGCUCAAGGGUUUGUGCUAUUUGUUGUUUUUUGGACGUGAACUCGUAUGUAUAUAACGCGAACUGCCUUCCUCCGAAUUUCCUAGAAAAAUCAUUAGCUGUCUGCUUCAGAUGAGAUCAAUGCUGGAUUAUUGACACA